CUGAAAUGGGCUUUUAUUGUUUUGAUGUCUUAUAUUGUCAAUUGCAUCAAUUAGAACCACCAAAAUCUCCAGAUUUUAGUAAUGAAGCUUAGUGGGAACCAUUCCACGAUUGAGGAAGUAUAAAGAACAGUAUCUGUUGCGAGGAAAGCCAUCGAAGAUAAACAAUAACACACUGGUAUAUUCCUGAAUAUUGCCCAGACUUUUGAAAAGGUUUAGCAAAAAGGGUUACUUCAUAAACUCAAGAGAUAUUUUUGUUAGUCUCAAGUUAAAAUAAAUAAAAACGUAUUAAAGCUUCAGUUAACAGAAGUAGGAGUACCACAGGGCAAUGUUCUGGGUUCCACACUAUAUAUGCUAUAUACCUCGGUCCUUGCAAAGUCUAUUAAUAUCUUGAUAGCAACAUAUGCAGAUGAUACAACAAUUUUUUUAUACGACAUUCACACUUCAAAAAGAUACCUGUCCUCCUAUUAUCUUAAGCGAUAUAUAUAUAUUCUGCAAAAAAAUCAAGUAGAAUAUCUAGAAAUUUACCUCGACCGAAGACUUACAUGGAAAGAACAUAUAUUUACUAAAUAUGAAUAGUUGGGUCAAAAAUAGAGAAAAAUGUACUGUCUCAUCGGAACAAAAUAGGAGCUGUUAAUUGGAAAUAAACUACUGCUAUAUAAAGCUGUAUGUAAACUAGUCUGGACAUGUGGUAUUCAACUAUGGGGUGCUGCUUCUAACUCGAAUAUCGAAAUCCUGAAAAGAUUUCAGUCGAAAGUCAUACGCAGUAUAAUACGGGCCCCUUGGUUUGUACCAAAUAAAAUUACUCGAAAUGAUUUACAGAUUUUCAUAGAUAAGAAAGAAAUUGAAAAUUCUACGCAAAAUAUAAUUCUAGAUUUCAAAAUCACCCAAACAAACUUGUCAAGACAUCCGAACCCAUCACCAACACCAGACUAAAGAAACAUAAACUAAUGAAUGCGCAACCCUUUAUUCGUGACUUGGAAAAUUGGAAAAGAUAUGCGCCUAAGAGGUUGUAUUGGUACCUUUAAUCCUAUGCACUUACAUACAGGUUUACGAGAAUACGCUACCACAAGCGCUUUUAAAGAUUCGCGCUUCAAUCCAAUCACGAGAGAUGAAUUUUCCAGGCUACAUGUAAGCGUAUCUAUAUUAAGGCAUUUUGAAGAUGGAAUAAAUUAUUUAGAUUGGACUAUUGGCCUCCACGGGAUAAGAAUUGAAUUCCAUAACGAAAAAGGCAAUAGAAGAACAGCUACAUAUUUACCAGAUGUUGCAGCUGAACAAGGUUGGGAUCAUACUGAGACAAUUGACUCUCUUCUUCACAAAGGUGGAUAUAAAGGACUAAUAACACCAGAUAUUCGACGUAGUAUAAAAUUAACCAGAUAUCAAAGUGAGCAAGUCACAGUUAGUUAUCAAGAUUAUAUGAUUAAUUGGUGUAAUCGUCGUUGCUAGCACAUAAAAAAGGACUCUCAUCAGAGUCCACUGUUAAUUUUAAGUUACAUUUUGAUCUUGAGUCACUUAAUUUAAUAUGCAAACUAAAUGUAUAAUUGUUUUAUUCCGUUAAGAAGUAAUGAUUUUGUGAUCAAUAUUCAACUUCCUCGGAACUGACUAUCUAUAAUGCUUUACAAUUACUAAAUUUAUUAAUCCCACUAGAGAAUUUAUAACUAUUAAUGAUUGACUGAUUUAUCUUUCAAAAAUUCCCACAUUUUACAUAUAAGUUCCUUCGGGAUGAAAAUAUAUGAUAAAUUUCAUAUUUUGAUCGAUGUUUACUGUAAAUCACAUUUAGAUACCUUUAUGAAACAUGUACUUUUACUGUAAUAGGGUUUUUGGCUACCCGUAUAAACAAGUUGUUGAAACUUUAUAUAAUUUAAUUAUAUAAUUUUUUGUCCAAAGUCUACAACCGUUAAUCUAAGCUAAUUAAAAUAUAUUCUAUUUUUGAAACCAAAUUGCCAAUUUUCCUUGUAACAAAAUAGUAAGUUUGUUUUAGAUACAAGGUUUUUUUAUGUAAGAACAUUUUCCUAGGAUUUGUUAUUUUGAUAAAUAUGCAUAAUAUUGC